UAAAAAACCCACUUUUUAAAAAUGAAGCUCAUUCAACUGUGCCUCAUCGCGACCUUCCUUGGAGUUGCGACAAGCAACACCAUUCAACCAAGAACGUACAAUUUUACCACCUUCAACUUCAAACAAAUCAUCACCAAGAAUGACUUGGAACAACUGCAAAGACAUAGCAGAUCGGAACAGGUGGCGGUGAUGAACGAGUACAUUGACGAAUUUCUGGAAGAACUGAACGAAUUCCUCAUACUGCAAGGUAUGGAUCCAGUAAGUUUACCCGAUCAGGUGAAGCGAUUCCAGUGGACCAUAUUCUGGGGGGAGGUGUCUUUGAAAGAGGGUUGGUUGCAAGGAGUUGGCACAAUUCAACGUAAUGGAGACGUCACCAUUAAAUACGAAUACCCCACCAUGAGAGUGAUCUUUCCUUUAAAGUUCGGACACUUACACAUAAGCUACGACUACCUCGCGCAAUUCACUUACUUAGGUCCUAAAGGGUUGAUGUCCGGUUCGGUGAAAGGAACGCAAUUCUACUUCGACCUUGAGGUAGAUAUGGCAACACUGCUGGUGCGCUUGAACAAGUAUGACCUUGAAGAUUUGGGAUCCAUCUCGCUGACGUUUCACGGAGGCAUUUUCGAAUGGUUCGCGAAUAUGUUGAUAUGGGUCGUUAAACCAAUACUGAAACCCAUUCUCCAGUUGGUGCUUUAUAAUUUCACCCACGGCACGAUCGGUGGGCUCAUUGAAACUUACAAUGCGCUGGUUAAUCAAAUACUGGGAAACAUUUCCCAUCCCUGGGAUUGCCUCUUCAUGCCAAAAAGUGUUAGAGAAGAAAUGCGAAUUGAGUUACUAAAGAAAACAAAAUUCGUUUACAUCAAGGGCACAAAAGACAUGCCACACAUGAACAGUCAAAACGGCUUGAUAGCUGCGUGCAUAAAACGUCUCCUUUGCCUUUUCUUAGUCCAUUUCAGAAUGAGGCUGUUUUUAGUGCUGUUCUGGCUCACUUCUGCCAACGCAAACGAAGACGUGCCGAUUCCUGACUUUUCGACCGACACUCUAAACAAAUGGGUGGAUUUUGGCAUCGAUUCCAUGAAUAAAGUGACCAUCAAUCAAGGAUACGACCCGGUUGCAAUGGACGACGUAGAGAAAUCAUUUUCAGUGAGUGGACUUCUUUUCACGUACGAAGCCAGUUUUCGUCUUACAUCGGGGAUCUUGAAUGGAUUGAGCACGAUGAAGCGUACCAAGGAUAUUGUCUAUUCCAAUAACGACACCCAUAUCCACAUCUCUCUUCCAUUGGGAUUUGAUACGCUCACAGUCGAGUACAACUAUAAAGUCAAAGUCUUAAUGAUGAAAUCUGGCGGAAAUAUUUUCGGAAAAAUCAGCGACUGCUCACUGGAACUUGAUCUCGUCGUAGAUAUGGCAACGUUGCACAUAACAGAGACAAAAUUCCACUUCAAUCAGUUAAAUGACAUUUCCGUAACCUUCACCGGAAACAUCUUCGACUGGAUUACCAACAAACUCGUCUCUGUAGUUAAACCGAUACUCAUCCCCGGGAUCAACAGCGUUUUACAACAGCUAACAAGUAAAGGGCUGGACUCAAUCGCUAACGGCUAUAAUGAUGGAGUCGAUAAAGUGGCGGAGUACUCAAAAUCUAAUGAGGGCGAAAUUAAUGAUUUUCUGCAGAAGUGCAGUGAGAUGUUGCAGGGUCUAUCAGUCGCUAAUUAAUUUUUGUGUUAAUAAAAUAAUGCAGUUGUAUUAUAACGAGUUUUAGUGUUCUAGAAGUUGCAUUCGAUCGUUUUGGACAGCCUCAUAAGACUCUGCAUUUCAUCUACACUACAUGAUUUUGGAUAACCUGGCGCUUAAUUAUCUGAAGUACUUUCUAGAGACUCUAGAAACACACGAAAAACCGAAGAGUUUUUGUUAGCUGCCCCUCUCCCCUUCCCAGAGAUUUGGAACUUGCCCCUCGUGCGAAGUAUCCAAGCCCGCAGUUGCGAUUCCAAAUCAACCACAGCCUUAGAUAUCGUAACUAGUGUGAUUACAAUACUUCUAUCCCUGUGAUAGUCUCUUCAGGGCGAAAAUUGUAACUUCCACAAAUUUGAAACGAAUGACCAAAAAAUCUAAAUUUAACUUGCGGGCCCAAAACAUAACCAUACAUUGAGCAAACAAUUAUACCAAAAAUGAAAACAAUUUCAAACAAUAACAGUGGGGGAUGGGAAUACUGUAACCACACAUAGUUACGACAUCUAAGACUGUGAUUGAUCGCGAAUCUCAACUGCAAGUUUCGAUACCUCGCACGAGGGGCAAGUUACAAGUCCCCAAGGAAGAAACUCUGCUAACACCAACUCUUCGCUUUAGAAUCUAUGUGCGAUAUGCGAGUAAUUCACUAACUUCCACAUAUGUUGUAACGUUGAAUUUGGCUUCCAAGGUCAUGUAAUUUUCCAUGUUGCGUUUAUGCACCUUCUCAUAAUUUAAAUAUAUUCUUAAGCCAU